AUGUCCACUUAUGACCAGAUAGAGAUUGAAGAUAUGACUUUCCAUCCGGAUAGUCAGAUGUUUACAUAUCCAUGUCCAUGUGGUGAUAGGUUCCAAAUAUUGCUGGAUGAUAUGUUUGAUGGUGAGGCUAUUGCUGUGUGUCCUAGCUGCUCUCUUAUGAUAGAUGUCAUAUUCGAGAAGGAAGACCUCGAUGAGUACUACGAAGAAGCAGGUAUAGCUCCCCCACAACCUAUUGCUGCUGCUGCUUAA